AUGAUUACACUCCUUCCUUCGCACUUCGUUCUUGAGGAGGUGACCGGCUAUGACUUGGCCAUUGCAUCGCUCGCCUGGGGCUUCACGCUCGGCAUUGGCUGGUUGACGACAUGGACGGCCAUGAAACAAACUACACAAGUCUACAGACGUCACGGCCUUGGCAUAUUCUACAAUGCGUAUGUCUGGAUGAUUUGGGGCGACAUUUUCGUCUGCCUUGCCUUCGUUUCGCCUUCUAUUUCUGCAUUCGUCCAGUUUCUUCUUCAGAUUAUCAUCAACAGAUGCUCGAUCCUUCUGACCGACAAAGCCCACGCGUGGCGCAUCAAGAUUUCGGAGCGAUACAUUGAAAUCAACGAGUGGUGGGAUCGUUGCGAGAAAAUCUUGUAUCUCAUCGUCGACGCGGCGCUCAACGUUUACUUCAUGAUAAUCGUCCAACGGAUUCUUGUUGAACAUGGUCUCCGCAAAUACCGGAACUUGGUCAAGUUUAACAUGUUCAUCAUUGGGUUCUCAUUGAGCAUGGACGUACUCAUUAUCUGCAUGAUGAGCCUGAAGAAUACCUUCGUAUACAUGCAGUUUCACCCGCUCGCUUAUAUUGUCAAGCUCAACAUUGAAAUGUCGAUGGCUGAGCUUAUUGCCAAGAUUGCGAAGAGCAAGGACAACCAAGGCCCGUCUGAAGGAUAUUCUCAUUCUCGGUCCCACGGUACUCAAAGAAACCGUACGGUUAACGGUCCUACUUGGGUGGAAGCUGGAAGGGAUGGGAAAGGCAGUGCUUGGGGGACCGUCACAACAACCCUGGAGAUGCACACCACGAAGGCACCGGCUGGGGGCGACCAGGUGAAGGCGGCGUUUAACCAUGGCGAUAUCGAUCGUCUGACUAAUGCGGCCACUCCUUACAUCGGUUAUUUUGGGACCAGUCAGGGAGAUUCUCAGGGGGGGUCAUACAGGGGCGGCAGCGGCUCGCUGAGCAGUCUUGAUUCGACCAACGUGGGGGCAGUGGCUGAAAGGAACGAGAGUGAAAGGGGUGGGGAAUUACCAUAG